GGAGAGGUUGCUGGUUGCCAUGGUGUGUGUGGUGUGUUUUCUGUGAGGUGGUGUGUUGAUGGCGUCGAGCAGAGCUGAAGAUGUUCAGUUUGCUCUGCGUAGAGCAAAGAAGAAGAUCAGCAGCCUGCAACAGCAACUGAUCAACAAAUCAGACAGACGAACCAGUUCAGAGACUUCACUGGAGACCAGUCUGUCAGCCUGGACGCCCAGCAAGGAGCUCAGGGACUCUCUGGUGGACAUGUACACAGCUAAUCCCAGAGUGAACGAGGAGCUGCGACAGCGUCUGCCAUCACCGGAAACACAGAAACUCAGCAACUCAACACAGCAACGGAGCAGCAGGGACAGAUCCGAGAUCUGCCUGAAUCUGGACCACACUGACUGGCCUCAAGCUCCUCAGCACCUCCAGGAGCCUCCGACCUCCUGCUCCACCUCCCCUCGGACCUAUAGGAGGUCUGUCUCUCCUGUCUCACCCCACUCCCACAGGAGGUCUGUCUCUCCUGUUGCUCUGAUGACCUCCAGGCCUCCAGGAGGUGCAGGGGAGAUGGAGAUGGACCUUUCUCCCAGCCGAGGCCCUUCUCCUUGGGCAGAGAACUGCUGGGACGUCUCUGAUGGAGGACGAGGAUCCAGAGGAAGUCCCACAGCGAGAAGUCACCUAGUUGCCAGUGACGACAGGCAGAAAUGUGACGAAGAGUCGGAAGGACAGACAGGAGGACAAACAGGAGGACAGACACUUCUCCAUCUACAGCUGUGUUCUCAUCAGGUGGUUACGUUUGGACCAAUCUCAGUGGCUCCUCGUCGUCACAAUUUGGAUAGAGACAAAAACGUUUCGUUUCUACUGAAGGAGCUCGAUGGUCUCAGAGACAUUAACAAGAAGCUGCAGGAUCAGCUGGUCCAGAAGGAGAAGUCAUUGCAGAGGAGGGAGGUGGAGGAGGAGCUGAGGGAGGAGCAGAGGGAGGCCCAAGGCUUGGAGAGACCUGCAGCCGUGUUGGAGGAGGUGUUAGCAGCUCAGAAGGACAGAGAUCAGGCUCUGAUGUCACGACUCCUGCUGGCCAAUGAAGAGAGAGAUGAGGCUGUGCUCCGUGCACGCCAACUGCACCAGGCCUCUGAGUUGGAGGAUUUCCACCUCGAGGAUUCUCAUUUGGACGUUGAAGAGCUCCUUCAAUGUGUCUGUGACGCUGACUCCGUACAGGAAGUGGAACGGUUCGGGUCAGUUCUGGUUCAGCGUCUUCAGCUGGCGAGGCAACGGAGAAAUGACAUCACUGCUCAGGAGAUGAAGGCUGUAUUAGAGGAGAGAGACGUCUCCGUUGCCAAGUGUAAACGGUUGGAACAGGAUCUGAUUCAGGCGAGAGAGCAUUGGGCAAGCGAGGAGGAGCUGCUGAGGGUUCAGCGAGAGAGAGGCGGAGCUCUGGAGGACAGACGACAGCUGGAGGUGGAGCUACAGCCACUACGAGCCAAUCACAGCUCUCAGAACCUCCACACCCCCCCUCCUCUGAUGCCCAGCGAUGGAGUGUCUCCAGCAGGUGAGGCCCCGCCCCCACAGACCCCGCACCUGCUGGUCCAGGUGCAGCAGUUGUCGAAGGAGAAGCAGAGCAUGGAGGAGGAGCUUCAGCGCUGUCAGGAGGUGGAGCAAGAGGCCAGUGAGAGAGUGCGCAGGUUGGAGCGUCUGGUCGAAGUCCUGAGGAAGAAAGUGGGAACAGGAAGCCUCCGAGCCGUCGUGUGACCUCCUCUCAGUCCGUCUCUCUUUAAAAACGGACUGAUGAUUAUUUCUUAACAUUUUUUGUUUGAUUAUUUUCUUGAAUGUUUCUUUAACAUUGUUGUUUUGUUUCCACACACGAUUUACGGAGAUGAAGAGUCUUAAACAUUUAUAAAACCAAACAGUUUUUUAUGUUUGUGUCAAAAAAUGUUAGUUUCUAAUAAUCAAACAGAUGUUAAUAAUCCAUUUUCAUAUCAAAUGUCUGUGUGGACUCGUCAUGUUGGUUCUGUUGAAGUCAUCAGAGCAUUUCAGAACAAUGUUUCUGUUAAUUAAUCAAAUCAUCUUAAUCCAACUCCUGCUAUGGUCCAGUUUUUAUUGGAGUCUGCACUGAAGGAUUCCUCCUCCUCUUCCUCCUCCUCUUCCUCCUCCUCAGUCUCUAAUUGAGGAUCAGUCUGUCUUUUAGUUCCUGUGUUGAUUUAAGGUUUGUCUUUUAAACUCUCCUGUUUUAACAGAAACUCUGAUCAAAUUAAUUUCAGAGGAUCGCUGUGACAAAUGUAAGGAAGCCGCUCUGACUUCAUGUUCCUGCAACUUCAAAUUAAAAUUUAACUUUGACAACUUUCAACAACUCGGUCAAACUGUCGCUUCAAAGGAAACUGAUGAAACACAAAACAGCCAAACAACCAAAGACCCAAAACAAGCAAAGAUUGAAACAUGUUUCAUUUGUUGUCAUGUUCAUUUAAUAAAAAGUUACUUGACGAGAAAAGAGGCUAAUGGGCAGCGACAAGACUCGCUGCCUUGCUAAUAAAGUAAAUUGAAAGUUAUGGUCAUGUGAUGAAUGGAAUAAGUUUCCAUUACAGCAGUAAUAUCUCUGGAGGACUUCUUCUGUGGAGGCUAAAGUACGUGUCAAGUUCAUGUCAUGUAAACCAAGUUUUACUCACUGAAUCCAGAUUUGAGUCUUUUCAGACCAAACAAUAAAUUCAUGGUUCAGCAUUUAAUCUGCUCUAUUCUGACACCUGUGGUCACUACUGGUAACUGCAGGUGUCAGUCUACAGCAUUAUGUUAAUGAGACACCACCGAAGAAGAACGACUAGAUCCAGGCGCGGGUUGGCCAUGGGGACGUUUGGGAGUAUUUUUGUUUGUGUUCUUGUUUUUAGCAAACAUGCUAAAGAGAAAGAAGCUGGAGAAAGAGAUGGAGCAGAAAAAUUAAGGGCAAAAAAUAAAAAAAAAGAUUAAAACCAGAUGCAGUGUAAUGCGCCAGAUUAACAGAGCUUUUCCCUGGUGGAGGGGCGAAGGUCAGUGCGGCGACACUCAACCAGGCCAGUGACCACACGGGACCCAGCAGCAGACCCAGUGCCCGUAUGUCGGGCUGCGCCGGGUCAGGUUGUAAUUUUCAGGCCCGUUGAGAACUCUAGUUUGUGUUUUUGGAUGUGUUCAGGGCUCACAUUCGACCAACCAUCUCCAACUCAUACAAACAAACGGUUAAAUGACUUUCUUGGAUCCUGCGUGUUUGAAUGUGCACUCCAGUGAGGAAUUCUAUGGUCCAGUCACCUUUACAUCAUGCAGCUCUUUUACACUUCUCAUUAAACACACACAGUAGUUUUGAUUUUUGAAAAAACAUAGUGUGUGAGUAUGAGUGUGCAUAGUAUGUGUGAGCAUAUGGACUUCAAUACACUCUGACUGACUAAUCUGUGUGUGUUGUGUUUAAUAUCAUUAGAUUGUUUUUAUACUGCAAAUAAAGUAUUCAUGUUAAAAUUAUGGUUCCACUUGCGUCCGUCAUGCGAUCGGAUAAAAAACCUUCGACCCCAGCAGUCUGAUCGAUCACUUCAUCUUUAGAUUGAUUGAUUUCUGUUAUUUCAAACAUAUACAACAAAAAACAAGCAGAAAUUAUGAAACAUGAAAUACUCAGAUCAUAUUUCAUGUGCAGCAUGUGAGCACACACAUACACACACACACACACACACCUGAAGGGUUUUAAUAUGUUACUACUUAAACUAAAUAAUUUAAAACUGUCUGAUUAUAAUAAACUGUAAAUUUUAAUGAUGUGUGAGCAGCGUCUGAUUGGAUGAGCUGCUGACCUGCAGAAACACACAAAGAAACUCUGGUCAAAUACAAGAACCUUGUCAACAGAACCUUGGAGACAGAACCUUGGAGACAGAACCUUGGAGACAGAACUGUACUGAAGUACUUGAUUAAAUGUUCUGUGGACUGUU